CAGAAAAUGUCAAAAGAAAAGGAUACAAGUGAAUUAAAAAGUGAACUCGAAGGAUGGAUUCGGAAGAAGAAUGAUAUUGUUGAAUCAUUAGAAGCACUGGAAAUGCAAAUUUAUAAUUUCGAGGGUUCAUAUCUUGAAGAUACAGCAGAAUAUGGGAAUGUUAUAAAAGGAUGGGGAAACUUUGCAAAUGCACCACCACCAUCAAAAUCUGGAAGAAUUGAUAAAAAGUUUAGUAAGAGAAGUGUUCGUGAUGAAGAGAGACUUUUUUCAAAAAGUUCUACUACAUCACCAUAUGGCACAAAGAGCACAACAAAUGGAACUGGAAGUGGAGAAUCUACAAGUGGAGGGGAUAAUGGAUAUACAAAAGAUGAAUCUGAUAAUAAUGAUGAAGAUGAUACGGCGUCACAAUCCAGUCGAGACUCAAAACCACCUGCUAAACGUCGAAAGUAUUGAUUACCUAAGGAUCUCCCAAUAUAUCGAUCUUCAUGAAUUAUAAUUCUUUAAUGAUGUCCUAAUUCUGUACCUUUAUUAAACAAUCUCUUAUUUUUUUAUUUUUUAAACCAAAAUAUAAAGUUUGAUUUUAGU